ACAAUGCGCGGUCUUAGUGCAUUGUGGGAUAGUGGCGAGCUCUGAGGCGGUGAAUGUUGACUACGGAACCGCUGAAAUGGAUGUGUUCUUAAUGAUCAGGCAUCGCAAAACCACAAUCUUCACAGACGCCAAAGAAUCAACAACUGUCUAUGAGUUAAAAUGCAUUGUGGAGGGCAUUCUGAAGCGGUCCGCUGAGGAACAGAGACUAUACAAGGAUGAGCAGCCUCUAGAAGACAGUAAGACACUUGGAGACUGCGGCUUCACAAAUCAGACAGCCAGACCACAGGCUCCUGCGACUGUAGGACUGGCCUUUCGUAUCAGUGAUGAUGCAUUUGAGCCCCUGCAGGUGGAACCAUUUUCCAACCCUCCUGAACUUCCUGAUGUUAUGAAACCACAGGACUGUGGCAGUACAGCCAAUGAACAGUCAGUGCAAUGAGCUGCACAUUAAUGACUAGAGUAUCAGGAGUGUACUAAAGCGGAGCAAAGUGAGGACUGAUACUUGGCGUAAAGAUGUUGCAGAUGGACAUUUGAAGUCUGGCUGCCACUAACCAUUGAACUAAGCCAGUAAUAAAUAUCCAGAGAAUCACUAAUGAAUAAGUUUAUUUAUAUUUUAUUUGGACUGAAACGCAUUUUUUUUCCCCUAAAUUGACCUCAUUUUGUAAAUGUUUUUUUUUUUUUUUUUUUUUUUUUUUCUGUGACUAAAUUACAUCUGACACAUUUGAAAAUGGAAAUGUUUUUCUUCAAAAUGACUGGUUUCUUUAUUUAAUAGAAAAAUAAUUGGGGUUUAAUAGCACAAAUGUCACAUGGGGCAAGUUUGGUUGACAGGUUUGAAAUGCAAAUUUACAUGUUUCAGUUUUAACAUUUUAACAUGAAUUUGUGCAGUAAACCUGUUAUUGUGUUGUCUUUUUAAAUUGCUUUAAAUUUAUGUUUUAUCCUUCCCUGUAGAUCUCCCGUGCAUUUUUUUUUUCUUGAUUCUGAUUGUGGUUGUUUGGACUUGCAUUUGCAUUCAGACCAAAGCAUACUUUGGUCAGCGGUUUUGUAACAUCACAUUCACCACUGUGUGCAGUGUUUUAGACCAAUUGUCUUUGAAGGACUGCACACUAAAAACGACCAAAACAUGUUGAAUUUAAUUAUUAAUUUUUUAUUUUAUAAAGUGGAAUCUAUUUCUUAGCGCAUGUAAUGGCUUUAUAGUGAGGUAUAUAAACGUAGUUGUAGUUUU